AUGACGCGUUCCUGGUCAACUCGAUCAACCUGGAACACCGCCACCAGCGGUUCGCUACCUUGGCCUGUUCCUGGAACCCCAACUUCGGGGAGCGGAGGAGGAGGUGUGUCACUUCCUACCGUUGCGCCCACUUCGACGUUUGCGGGCUGGAACUCGAGUAUGAGCUUGCCGACUAUUAGCUGGAACGCAAGUAUAAGCCUGCCAACCAUCAACUCGAGUAUCAGCCUUCCGACUAUCAGCUGGCCUUCAGGAACUCUACCAUUCCCGAGCCUACCGUUUCCUACUCCUCCGUUCCCUAUUCCUCCUCUACCAACACUCUCCGACUUCAUACCAAGCCAGACUCCAAGCGGCAGCGUUGCACCUAGUGGAGAUACCACGCCCUCUGCCUCGGGGAGCAUCGACUCUGUCACAGCUCCCACAAGUCCCACGCCCACAGCCGCUCCAUCCGGCAACUUCAACGAGACUGUAUCUCGCUGGGGCAACGCCACGACGACUGGCGUGUCCGAGUUUCCGGCUGUUCACUAUACGCACGUCACACGCACCGCGGCGCUCUCGCAGGAGACGUGCCAUACUCUGGGGCCGGAUCCCGAAGGCGAUGCGACGAGGCGUGCGUUGCUGUAUAACUCGAGACUUCGGGAGGAAAACGUCUCUAUUCCGAUACCGUAUAUCGAGUCGGUCGAGUUUGAGAGCGAAGGGCUCAAUCCGCUCUACCUUACGGUUCGCGAUGAACAAGGCGGCACUUACUUUGUCGAUAUCUCCCGUCGCGGUCAGCUGUCUGUCUUUGACCCUUCCGGGAACUCGAUGUCGCUGGAUGCCGUAGGGAUUCACUUCUCAGGGCCCAACUGCACGUACCAUAUCACGAUCGAGAUCAAGGACAUGUAUGAGCAGAUUGCCGACCUAGCAGGCGUGCAAUGUGCUGCCAUCAAGCGAAAGAGGCGCAUGGAAGAUAUGGACUUUAAACAGGUUCUGUAUCUGGAGGAUCAGUGUGGUAACCCAGUCGACAAGUCUCUCAAACGGUAUCCCCAACUUCUCAUUGGCGGUACCGUCUGUGCAGACAUCGACGUCGACGAGGAAAUUGGGCGAUGGGAGUUUGACUGCGCAUUUCCUGGUGCUGAAUCUGGAUUUUUGAGGUGUCAGCAAGCCAUCAAAGAGGAUGUCCUCGACGUUAUCACGGUAGAUCCUUUUGGAGGUUCAUGUCCGGAUCUCUCAACGGUGGUCACCACGCUCGACGCAACCGCCCAGGACAUUCUCGACCCAGAUGUCCUCCGCAAAGACUUGGGAAACGAAGGUCUCACCGACAGGCAAGUCCAAGAAGCAGACGCCGCCGUCGUGGCAUACACCAAGCUCUGGACGGCUCUGCGCGCCUUCUUCUCCAAGCAGUUGACCUUCUCCUCGUACGGAGCGCUGGAGACGUACGUCAACGUGUACAACACCUACCGCAGCUUCGAGACAGACAUUUGCCAGUCCCUCCACGUAGACGAGAUCCCCUUUGACCUCAGCCUCAUCGCCGGCGCGACCAGAAUCCCAUCGAUAACAAGCCUCAGCUGGGCACCCACAAGAACGCGCCCUUACAACAUCACCAUCCAAGACCCCUCCCGAAUGGCCUGCUGCCCCGGAGGCAGAGUCGCCGAAACAAAGGACAGCACGUGCGCAUACCCAAGAGAAGCCAUUAUCGAAGGAACAGGCUGCAUCUGCGGCAAGAAUGCGGAGGGUCUCGGCGUCGCGUUCGAAUGGACAGAGUGCGGAAACUUUGUAGCAAGCUGUGAAGCAGAUGGAGAUUGCGGAGAGGGUUUCAUGUGUUUGACGGGGAGCUGCUGUGGAGGGGGGGUUUGUGUUGAUGCGUUUGCUUGUUCGCAGAAUGGGACCGAGUUGGUUAAGUUUGAUGGUGUGAUUUAG